AUGGAAUAUAGAUUGGCUUCACUAAGGCCAGUUCAUGGAAGGCUAGCUUUGAAAUUCCUCAAUUGGGUCAUCAAGCAACCUGGUUUGGACCUCAGUUAUAUUACUCAUAUGUACUGUAUCACAACCCAUAUAUUGGUUGGAGCUAGAAUGUAUGACUCGGCCAAGUCAAAUUUGAAACAUUUAUCUCAGAUGGGUAUUGGAUCUCAUUCUGUUUUUACUUCUCUCAUGGACACGUAUGCUCUUUGCAAUUCAAACCCUGCAGUUUUUUACCUUUUAAUUAGGGUUUACACACGAAAUGGGAUGGUUGAAGAUGCUGUAGAGACAUUCCAUUUGAUGGUUUUGCGGGGUUUUAAGCCGUGUGUUUAUACUUGCAAUAUGCUCCUAGCCGCAAUGGGGAAGAUCUGGUGCAUAAGAUUUCUGUGGUCACUUUUUAGGGAAAUGCUUUCAAAAAAUAUUCGCCAUAAUGUUUGUACAUUUAAUAUAUUGUUGCAUUUUCUUUGUACGAGUGGCAAGCUAAAGAAAGCUGGUCAUCUCCUUAAGAGGAUGGAGUACAGUGGUUAUGUUCCGACAGUAGUUUCUUACAACACUUUACUGAAUUGGUAUUGCAAGAAGGGAAGGUACAAAGCGGCUUUUGAACUGAUUGAUCGAAUGGGUUGUAAGGGUCUUAAGGCAGAUGUCUGUACAUAUAACAUGUUAAUAGAUGAUUUGUGUAGAAAUAACAGCAGUGCCAAAGGUUAUUUAUUGUUGAAGAAGAUGAGGAAGAUGAUGGUAUUUCCAAAUGAAAUCACCUAUAAUACUCUCAUAAAUGGUUUUAUCAGAGAAAUUAAGAUUGCGGUCGCUACUAAGAUUUUUGAUAAGAUGUCAAAGUUUAAUCUUUCACCAAACUGUAUCAGUUACAAUGCUUUGAUAGAUGGACAUUAUCAGGAAGGCAAAUUUGAAGAAGCUUUCAAAAUUCUGGAGAAAAUGGAAGAAAGGGGAUUAAGGCCAAAUGAAGUUAGUUAUGGGACUCUUUUGAAUGGCUUUUGCAGGCAUGACAAACUAGAUUCAGCAAGAAUUCUUUUUCAGAGGAUUAGAAUGUAUGUUAUCAUUAUUGGUCGUAUUACCAAUACAACACUGAUUGAUGGGCUAUUCAAAAAGGGAAUGCUCGAAGAAGGAAAGAUAGACGAUGUGAAAGAGAUAAUAUGCAAGAUGUGUAGGUUUGGACUUGAACCAAACAAUAUCAUGUGGUCUACGUUAAUAUAUAACUCUUGCAAGCAGGGAAAUGUUAACGAAGUAUUGAAAUUGUAUGCGGUGAUGAAUUUGAAUUGUUAUGGUGCGGAUAUUUUCACAUGCAACACAAUAGUAGCUUCUCUUUGUAGAACUGGAAAGGUAAGGGAGGCUGAGAAAUUCAUGCAUCACAUGAAUAGGAUUGGCCCAGUUCCUAAUUGCAUUACUUUAGACACUGUUAUAAAUGGCUAUGGAGAAGUAGGCAAUGGGUUGAAAGCCUUUUCCUUGUUUGAUGAAAUGAUUAAGAUGCGUCACCACCCUUGUCAUUAUACAUAUGGCAGUUUACUGAAAGGACUAUGCCAAGGAGGACAUUUCGAAGCGGCUGUAAAAUUCUUGAGUAAACUCCAUUACAUCCCUUGCUGUGUGGAUGUUGUUGUCUACAACACAUUGCUGGCUGAGGCCUGUAAAUCAGGGAAUUUGCAAGUGGCAAUAAUCCUUUUGGAUGAGAUGAUCUCCAAUAACGUGCUCCCUGAUAGGUACACAUAUGCGAAUCUUCUUGCUGGAUUAUGUAGAAAGGGCAAGAUGGUUGCUGCAAUGCUACUGUUUGAAAAAGCAAUGGAAAGAUCUUUCUCUCCAAACCAUGUUAUGUAUACGUGCUUGAUCGAUGGGCUUUUCAAAGCAGGCCAGCCAAAGACUGCUGCUUAUUUUUAUGAAGAGAUGCUAAAGAAAGGUAUCAACCCUGAUACAGUUGUACUAAAUGUAAUUAUAGAUGGCUAUUCCAGAAUAGGGUGCAUAGAAAAGGUGAACAAUUACUUUUCUACGAUGAAAGGUGGAAGUUUAUGCCCUUGUUUGGCUACAUAUAAUAUUCUCCUACGUGGCUAUUCAAAACAACAGGAUAUACCAAGAUGCUUUGCAACAUACAAUACCUUUAUUAGGAAAGGUUUUGUUCCGAAUGAAUUGACAUGCCAUUCUCUAAUUCAUGGGCUUUGCGAGUCAAGUGUGCUGGACAUUGCCGUGAAAAUUUUGAGAAACAUGGUUAUGGAAGGUACAGCGGUUGAUAAGCGUACUUUUGACAUGCUAAUCACCAAAUGCAGCAGCAAUGGUGAGAUGGGAAAGGCCUUUGAUCUCUUAAAUACUAUGAAUUCUCUUGGAAUUUUGCCCGAUGGAGACACUUACGGUUCCAUACUUAAAAGGCAUCAACAGGACAUAUGA